AUGGUUCUAUCAGGCAAACGCACCCGUUCGGAAUUGAAGGGGCCGUUUUCGGCGAAGAAGCGCCCGUGCAUAUUGAAUGACCUGCAGUCGCCAACGCUGCCGCGGUCCACGUUCUUGCUCUCAAAGAGCAGGGCGUCAUGCGAGACUCAGAUGCGGCAGCGUGACACGCCGUCCAGCAGUGGGCAUAGCGACCGUGAAGAGGCACCCGUGCAUGACGUGAUGAGGACCGACACUGAACGGGCUUCACGCUUAGGCCCGAUACCGAAGCUAGAUCCCAGAUUGUUGGAGGCCGUGUCACAGUACUCCGACUCUGAAUCUGUAAAUACAAGAGGGCCCGGAAGCGGACGGUUUGCAUCGCCUUCGCAGCUGGAGCGGCACGCAAGUCGCUUUAAUCUCCGGCAUUCCUCUCCUCGACACUCGUCUUUCUCUAUCGCAUGCUCUCGCCAACGACAGAUACCGCGUGCUGAUAUUGCCGCCCGCGAGCGCUGUUUUGACUACAUUUUGCAAUCCAUUGACGAAGUCUGGGGCCGCUACUGCAACACCACGUCCACUGCCGAGAACGAGGUGUACGAUCGCCUAGGCACAAGUGUGUCCGGCGUUCCUGCUAUCAUGAGCAGCCCUAAUUGCUCCUUCUAUCUGCCCAUUCAGCCUACCGGCGUGGCUGCCCGCCCCCGUAGUGAGCCUUCCGAUGAUGAAAGCGACUCUGGCUACAAAUCCGAGAUUACAAACCCCACAGAGUACGAAACUGAUUGCGACUACCGCAAGGUCUCGAAGUUGCCCCAGUCCAUGAAGCUCCAGUCAUUGAAGGAUCGCUUGGUCAGGGCUAAAAAUGAUCUUGAGGGUAGCUACGACUCCAGCCACUGGAGUGACUGCAUGUACUUCUGGCGGCGCUGGGAUAUGAUUAAGUACUCCGCAGUAGAGAUGAUGGAGGAGGACGACGACGAUGACGUGAUCGAAUCUGUGAUUGACGAACUCGAGGAGGGUCGUUGCUACAAUGAUGCAUAG